UCAGAUUCGUUCAAGGAUCUUGUCACAAAGAAGAAUUUAUUCAUUUUGGGUAAAGAUAUAUGGACCAAGGAAGAAUGCAGGGGUGUUAUCAUGAAAAAGAAAAUGCUGGAGACCAAUGCGGUGGAGGCAAAAAAAGCUAAGAUGGAAAAGCAAACCAAGAUCAAAGAGACAGCCAAGAACCAGAUGCUUCAAAACCUGAAGGUUUCCCUUUCCAAAAAUAAGAACAAAAACACACAAGAUCAGCAUAAUAGUGAGGCAACUGAGGAGGAAUUUCCACAACAACUUUAUUGUCAAGCAAAGACUUUAAAGGCUGCCAGACCCAAAUCAUCCACUCCUGAUGAUUACACCAGUUCAGAUGAUGAUGCCACAGUCAUACGGAGUCCAAACCAACCUGACAUUGGUAGUGAUAUGGAUGAAGGAUUACCCGCAAUGCAGCACAAUCAGUUAAUGGAUUAUAGCACUGGUCAACAAAUGGCACCCCAAAUGGAUGAAAUCAUGGCAUCCCUUCGUGAACUUCCAGAAAUGAUUAAAAUAAUGAAGGAGUGUGUCCACUGUAUAAAGUCAUUGAAGCCCUCGUUUGGGGGGACCCCAUCAUCCACAACCUCCUCUUUUGUCACUGAAGUUGAGAUGCAACCCUUGGCUGGCAGUGAAGUUUCAGUUCCAAAGAGGGCCUUCCAGCGACUGAACCGCACACGCAUGACCAUCUUUACGCAGGAGCUGGCUGUCCUGGUCUUUACAAAAGAUGUACUUGCCCAGUCCACGCUAACAGGGAAAUCAGGAAAAGGGGCCCCUCCUAAAACCCAGCUGGACGUGGCCAAAGUGCAGGCCAUAACAGAUGCAGUUCUGCUGGAGUUUCCACAGUCAACAGCAUCUGAUGUGCGAGCAGCUAUCAGACGCAAGUGCAACAAUGAACAGUUCGUCCAGAAGAAGGUCUGAUGUGUAAAUAUGUUUUUAUUUACACCUCUGUUGCUGUUCGGAAGGUUCUCUGUGGUUUCUUUCUGUUUUUGCACUGUUGUAAAACAUGGUAAAUUUAUUCUGUUAAGUUUUGAAACCAAGUUCCUGUAAAUGUAAAUAAAAAUGUUUUAAAUAGAUUUAAAUAAAUACUUGUUAAUAAAAUGUCUUUAUUCAUGUAA